AUGGUUCAGUCUUCAUUUCGGCACGAUAUCGGCACAAAUGAUGAUAGUUUAAGGUUUCCAAUACAGCCUAGAGCUCCCCCCACGAGGGGUACAAAGGCCAGACCUCAACGUGGCAAAAUCCCCAAAAUCGGCACCAGCAUAGCCAAGAAGGGCGAGCAAAGACAGCAAGCCAUACCAGGUCAACAACGUGCGUCCGGAUCUGUUGGAACCCCGGCGCCAUCCGAAGCCGAUGAUAUCACAUCGCAGCCUGGUGGCAUCGCUGCUAGUCCGACACAAAAGGCAAGCGGCAGCGUCCCAGGUGGAAAGACUGCCACGAAGGACUUUGGCUGGGAUGCCCAGGAGAAUAAGGAAAAGCUCAAAUCUGCUGGAGAACAAGUCGGAGAAGAGCUGCAGGAAAAGGUUCCCGAGGCCCCUGAUAACCUUCCUACAAGCCUUUCUGACUUAGACGGACUUGAGGUUAGCGACGGGGGACAGAUCCUGGAUCAGAAUGGGCAAGCUAUUGGUCAGGUUGUAGAAGGGGAUCCUGCCGACCUGGUCGGCAUGACUGUUGGGGCCGAUGGUGAGAUAUUAGAUGAGGAUGGAGACCUCGUUGGCCGUGUCGAGCUUUUGAGUGUACCUGAGGAAACAGCUGAGGAAAUGGCCGAGGGAACGGCUGAGGAAGCAGGCGAGGAAGUGGGCGAGGAGGCGGGCGAGGAAAGCACGGCAGCUAUCGGCCAAGCACCUAGCCUCGAAGCUGCCAAAGGUCUUCCUGUUACUGACGAUGGACGCAUUCUGAAUGAUGAUGAACAACCGGUGGCCAAGGUCGUUGAGGGUGAUAUCAGGAAGCUAGUUGACAAAACUCCCAACGAGCAAGGAGAGAUAUAUGAUGAGAACGGUGAGCUCCUGGGCCGUGUGGAACCUCUUUCCAUGGAGGAGCCUACUGGAGCAAUUGGCGAAAAGAUGGAAGGGGUCAAGGAGCAGGCUGGCGAAAAGAUGGAAGGUGCCGAGGAGGAGGUUGGCGAAAAGAUGGAAGGAGUCAAGGAGCAGCCUGACGAAAAGAUGGAAGGUGUCGGGGAGGAGGUUGGCGAAAAGAUGGAGGGAGUCAAGGAGCAGGCUGGCGAAGCCGCUCAAAUGGCAGACGAAGCAGCUGGCGAGGGCGAAGCAGCAAUAGACGAAGCUGGUGCCGCCGCUGCCGAACAGUUGCCUGAUAUCUCCACCCUCGAAGGGUUGAGGUGCAACAAAUUCGGUAGCAUUGUCAAUGCUGACGGCGUUCCCGUCGGUGAACUUAUCGAGGGUGACCCCAGGGUCCUUUCCCGCAGUGGCUUCCAGCUCGAUGAUCAGGGCCAAUUCUGGAAUAACCGGGGCAAAGUUAUUGGUAAAGCCAAACCGGUCCCUGUGGAAGAAAUCCCACCAGGCCCGUUUGCAGAUUUUGAUGACCUGUUUGUUGUUGAGGACGGCUGGGUUCAAGAUGCAAAUGGCAGGCGGGUAGGCAAGAUUGUUGAUGGCGAUCCGAAGAAGCUCGUCGGCCGAGCAGUAGACGACGAUGGUGAUGUGGUUGAUAAGCGUGGCAAUCUUCUGGGUCGUGCAGAGCCCUGGGAGGAACCAGAAGAGCCUCCACCUGAGAAGGUCGACCUCUCCAUGCUUGAAGGAUUGAAGAUCAACAAGUACGGGAAUAUUAUGGGCUCUUCCGGUGUUCCCAUUGCUCGUGUUGUCGAGGGGAACCUGAAAACAGUCGCGGGAAGAUCUGUAGACCGUGAGGGAAAUAUUUGGGGAGAUAGCGGAGAGGUUGUUGGACGGGUCGAGAUCAUUCCUGAAAAUGAGCGUGAAACCCGAGGACCCUUCAGCGGGUUCCGCGACCUGCAAGUGAACGAGGAAGGGUUCAUCGAUGAUGGCGAUUCGGUGAUCGUUGGCAAGAUCAUAGAAGGCGAUCCGAACACCCUUCGCGGUCUAACUGUCGAUGCGCAAGGAAAUAUUAUCGACGAAUAUGGAGAUGUGAAAGGUCGUGCUGAACGAUAUGACCCGCCAGAGGAAGAGAUAGAAGAGGCGGACCUCUCGUCGUUGGAGGGUAAAACUGUUAAUAAAAUGGGCAACGUUGUGGAUGCGCAAGGAACUGUCUUCGGCCGGGUUGCAUCUGGCUAUAUCAAGCAUAUGGUUGGCAAGAAGGUCGACGCCCAGGGCCGCAUUUGGAGCGACAGUGGUAAAGUGAUAGGGCAGGCCGAGCUUAUUCCAGAUAAUGAACAAGAACGACAAGAAGGACCCUUUUUCGGACUCGAGGGUCUUGUCUUGACCAAGGACGGCAUGGUCGUCGAUCCUGAGCAAAAGAUUGUUGGUCGGUUGGUCGAAGGUGACCCGCAACGACUUGCCGGUCGAGCAGUCGAUGAGGAUGGGGAGCUGCUUGAUAAGGCUGGAAAUGUUAUAGGCCGGGCAGAACCGUGGACCCCAGAAGAGAAGCAGCGCGAUGUGAAUCCUAUGGCAGGCUAUAAGGUUAACCGUGAGGGUGAAGUUCGUGACCGGGAUGGGAACCUGAUUGGCAAGCUGACUGAAGGGAAUCUCCAACAACUGAUCGGUAAAGAGAUUGAUGACAAUGGGUACGUAGUUGAUAAUGAUGGGAACAAGAUUGGGGAAUGCACCCUCAUCGAAAACUUGCCAGAGGAGGAGGAGCCAGAGCCGGAGCCGGAGCCGGAGCCUGAGCCUGAGCUGUCUCCCGAGGAACUGGAAAGACAGGAGAAAGAGAAACAGGACCGAGAGUUGGCAAAGAGGAUGUGUGCAAUCCUUCAGCAGACGCUCGACAGUGUCCAACCGAUCUGUAGGCAGAUCAUGCAGAAUAUAGAGAAGGCUCACCAAACGCCGAAAGAUGAGCUCGACGAGGAAGAGUUGGUCAAAACGGUGAAACCCUUAAUUGAAGAAGCUGCCUCCAUGCUGCAGGAGUGUAAAGGUGCAUUACGGGCUUUGGACCCUACAGGGGAGGUUGCAGCGACAGCAAAAGCUCGCGACGCGGCUCAUGAAGCCACGCCGGAGCAAUACUCUUUGGCAAACCUGCUCAAAGAGCUCACCCAAACGGUCGUCGAGACCAUUGAAGAGGGACGCCGACUCAUUGCCGACAUGCCUCAUGCCAAAAAGCAUCUCAACCCGUUGUGGGCCCUCCUGUCGGAGCCACUUUUUCAGAUUAUCGCCGCAGUUGGUCUUCUACUUACUGGUGUAUUGGGCCUGGUUAGCAAUCUUCUGGACGGCCUCGGCCUGGGCGGACUUAUUCGGGGGCUAUUAGGCAGUCUUGGGAUUGACAAGAUUCUGGAGGGCUUUGGCUUGGGCACUUUAACUGACGCUCUGGGUCUAGGGGGAAGUAAAUAACUAAUCAUGGGGUUUCUGUUAUAUGCUGUAAAUGUUCUUUGGUUUUAUUUUACUCUCAGGGCCAUUUGUGCUCUCAAUCUGUAUUGUAAUACUGACUUGUUUAUGUCUGUUGCGCUUCGGCAGGGCUAAUUAAUAGGCCUAAAGUCCAAUAUUACGCCUGGGGCUUCCUCCUAGGCCUCUGCAAGUCGGCUAUCUUGGUAAAAUGUAAAUUAUCGCAAUAACUGUCUAGUGGUAUUCAAGAAGGAGGAAGAGGUCUAAUGUCUAAGGAGUGAUAUGAAAGCAAUCCAUAAGUAUCAGUCUCAGACCUAUCCACCACCCAAG